AUGUAUCCUUCUCAGAACAAGCGACGCAAGCGCACCAUGACAGAAGUCAACCAAGAUGACGGGAGCGACUUUGUCUCACGGACGGAUGAUGGCCACCCUGACGUCUACUCGCGGUCUUUCUCAAACUCUCAUGCACGCACAGAAGUCUUCAGGUCUCCUUCCAAAUCCUCUAUCAACAUGAAUUCGAACGAUGUUCCUCCUCAGCACUACGGUCCUCCCUCCCACGAGCGUUCAUGGGGCCCUGGACCUGAUCCUUACCUCCGUGGAUGGAGUUGCCCAGUGCACACGCGGGAUCAGAUUGGGGAUGGUACGAGCGUGGCCAAGGUUCAUCCGUUCAGGCUGAGCCCUGGGGCGGAGGUUAUGACGACUCAUCUGGGUGGCAACCUCCUAGUAGACGACGUGACCAUCAGGCAGAGGAUUAUUACCGCGACGAAAGGCCACAAGGUCAAAGACGACACCAAAACCGACGAAACAAUCAACACAGCCAACAGCGUUUCAUGA